AUGUUAGUGAAGGAGCAGCCCCACCCCCGGCCCGUAGACCCGCCUGACGGGGGCUGGGGCUGGGUGGUGGCCCUGGCAGGCUCCAUGGUGACCGCCGGGACGUUCGGCAUCAGCCGGUCUCUGGGAGUGUUCUUCGUGCUCUGGAGAGAACAGUUCGACGCUACUGCCGCGGAGGUCGCUUUGGUUCAGUCCAUGCUGAUGGGAAUGACGCAUUUAACAGCACCCAUAGCGAGUGGUCUGGGCCGGAAGUUCGGGUUCCGUCCGGUCAUCAUGGCGGGAGGCGUGAUGGCGGCCGCAGGGUUCUGUCUCAGCCGGUUUGCCACUCACAUCUCUCACCUCUACAUCACUAUCGGCUGUCUUGUAGGGCUCGGAAGCUCUCUAAGCCUGACCAACCUUCUAAUCUGCGUGGGAAGAUAUUUCACCACAAAAAGACUCAAAGCCAACAGUUUGAUGACUCUGGGAGGAAGCCUGGGAGCCUUCGCGUUCCCUCCUCUGUUCCAGUUCCUAAUAGAUGAAUACGGGACGAAAGGAGCACUUCUAAUCGCCGGUAGCAUUGCUUUUCAUACCACAGCUUGUGGAGCAUUAGUGCGGCCGCUCCGCCUCAGAGGUGACGCCAAAAACACCACAGACAAGCAACCGGACAGUGGUGAAUCUGGACUAGUGGGCGAACAAGGCAGGCGUACUUGUAACGCUAGGAAGUCAUUCCUGUCAGCACUAGAUCUCAACUUGUUGAGGGAACCAUCUUUUGCAAUAUUCGUAAUCUCAACCGGUUUUCUAGCGUCCAAUCGCCAAGCUACAAGCAUCUAUCUCGUCCCGCGCGCGAAGCUUUUAGGCAUAGAGGACUACCCAGCCGCUUUCCUUAUGUCCAUAUUAGGCAUUGUAGAUUUGGUUGGUCGCAUGCUGAUUGGUCUGUUGCCUGAGUGGAAGAACUUCCGACGUAUUGACCAAUACGCGACGGUAGGGGUGCUAACAGGAGGAAUGAUGAUGGUGAUGCCACUAGCUACGUCAUAUGAAGGCAUGGUCGCUUGGAGUGUUGUUUUUGGGCUGCUAUCUGGGGGGUAUGUCCCGCUAACUGUCACUACUACCGCGGACCUGGUGGAAACGAGCAAACUGCCAGAAGCCAUGGGAAUCAGAUUGUUCGUGCAAGGGAUCGCUACUCUAGUGGGACCUCCCGUUUCAGGAGCACUACGUGACGUCACAGGUAGCUAUGACGGAACGUUUCUCUUGGGCGGCGCAUGCGUACUCUUUGGGGGACUGAUGCCGUUCUUACUGCGCAUGCGCGUGUUUACGCGAAAGAAAGCUGACGUCAUUGUUGCUGCAGACGUUGUGGACCUAGCAGAACCGGAUGACGUAAAACCAGGGUCUUCAGAACUGACUUGGUUUAUAACUAAAGAAACGUCAGUGUAGAACUGAUACCGCUAUGAGGAAAUUGUAGCCUAAACCAGAGGAUACGGAGGAUCAUUUUAGGCUGUACUAGUCUUUAUGUUAGACUAAGCAUAGAUUUUACCACUUUCAGUAUCAAUGACAGGUAUGUUCACAUGUGUGUGGAUGGUGUUCAGCACCAGGGACAGGGACACCAACAUGUGUGAAUGGUGUUAAGUACCAACGUCAGACACAUUUACCUGUGUGUGUAUGGACUUCAGCACCAAGGACAGGCAUGUUUAACUAAGUGUGGAUAGUGUU